UGUCAAUUAAAACAAAUAUUAGUACAAUUGAAAGCUAACGAAAAUAGUUUAAUGUUUAGUAUUUAUUUUUAUAUUUAAACUUUCAUACAAAUUUUUUUUUAAUAAUUUUUUUUUAAAUAAUAGAAUAAAAUAGUCAACUAAUAAAAGAAAAAAUAAUUAUUCCAAAUCUUAGUUAUAUUUUUAUUUUAAUUUUAUUUCAUUUGAUGUUAUUUUAUAAUUUAUAUCAAAAAAUAAAAGUUUCUAAAUCAUUAUUGCAUUUAAUCUUGUAGCAUAUUUUCAAUUAAUUUGCAUUUACUGUUUCCAUUUCUUUUAUGAAUCAUAUAAUAAUCUUCUUAUCCGACUUUUAUACAAAUAGAAUCAAAUUGAUCGAAAUACAAAAUGAACAUUAAGAUUAUAAUUAUAAUAUUAACUAUGCGUUGAAAUUGCGUCCAAUGUUAUUAUGUAUACGAGUUUAAAUAAUGAAUUAUUCAAAAAAGAAGAUUCUCAAAUAAUCUUUUUUUUUUUUUUUUAAUUAUACAAAUUAUAUUAUUAUAUAUUAUUUGAUAUUUCAAAAAUAUAAUUGCAGAAAUAUAAAUUUUUUUUAAAAUCAUUCUGAAAAUUGUAGAUUUAUUAUGAUAAUUUAAUAAUUAGAAAUAUAUCAAAAGAAAAUAUUAAUUUUAAUAUUUAUUAUUAUAUUUGCGUUCAUUUAAUUUUAUAUGGGAUUCUUGUAUAACCAAGAAUUCCAUGAAUACUUGGUGGGGAAUAAAUUGAUCGAGGAUAUUCAUACAGUCUAUCCCUCUUAGUACAAUUGCGGACAUACAACCGCGAGUAUUCGUUAUAUAUAUUCAUAAUAUGGUAUUUUAUAAAUAUAAAGGAAAAAAGAAACUAUCGAAUACAAUUGGAAAUUUAAUGAACAAAAAGUAACAAGUUAGAAUUGUUUUUUACAUUUUAUUGAGAGUUGAAAAUAUUUCGUAAUAAAGAUACUAAAAUUAUUAGAAGAAAAAUGCAUUUAUUAUUAAUGGACAAAUAUAUUUAUAUAGAAUAAGAAUAUAUAAAAUGAUAUAUCAAAUAAAUACGAAGAAAAUAAUGAAGUUAAUUUAUCUUAUCUUAAUAUUUUUCAAUUCUAUUAGAAAUAUAAAAACAAAUGAUGAAUCGAGUGGAGAAUAUCUUCAAAAUGUGAUGCUUCAACUUCAAGAAUUUAAUGUUCCUUCUUCUAUCAAUAAUUAUGAUCGAUUAUCAUCAAAUAAUAAUUAUAAAAAUGUAAUUUAUAUGAAUGAAGAUCGACAAAAUCAUAAAAUUCAAAAAAUUAAUAUGAAUAUGAAUAUACGACGAAAUACGCAAAAACAUCAAAAUCAUAGUUUUCAACAAUAUGAUAUUCUUUUUAAUAAAAAGAUUGAUUUAGAUGUUCCGCAUUAUUAUGAGUCUCACGUUUCUACUAAAGUACGAGAACCAGAAUUACUUGGAUUUACAAAAACAGAAUUGGCAGCUAUGUAUAAGAAUGCAUUAGAAAAAGGAUCAACAAUUAAUUUAUCUUCAUUAACUAAUGCACUUUCUUCUGGUGAAAUACCUCAAAUUAGUCAAACUCAUGUAGAGUUUCCGGUCAAGCAGCCUCUCUAUGAAUAUUAUUUUUUUCCAUUAAAAACUUUCAUAUCAGAAUUAAAAAAAAAUCAUGAUUAUAAAACAAUUUCUAUUCCUGCAUUUGACAAUACGAAAGUUGCACAAACUCAAACGCAAUUAUCAAAUCCUUUCAUUGUAGCCAUAAGCACUUUUGUCACUAUAGCAAUUAUAUUUAUGAUGAGCGUUCUGUUCUUACCGAAAUUUACUCAACUUGAUGUACUUCCCGAGCGAAAUAUUCAAGAUGAUUUCUUUUAUCUGACAAAUAUAGUUACGAAUGCUACUGAACGUAACCAUUUUUUAGAUAAAUUUAUAAGUCAUUAUAUAAAUUCUGUUAAAUAAUUCAUAAUAAAAAUAAUGCAAUAAUAAAAUAAAUAUAUAAUAAAUAAAUAAAAUUUAUAAUAAAUUUAUUGUAAGAAAAAAAAUGUAAACUUAAUUUAUAAAAAAUGCUAUAUUAUUUUAGAUUAUAUUUUAUAUUUUAAAUUUAGCUAUUAAAUUAUAAUAUAUAAAAAAAAAUAAAACUAAAUAAUGUGACAAAAUAUAUUCAUAACAUCUAUUUAAUUAUAUCAUUUGUUAUAUAUAGUUAUAUUUAGAUAAAUUUAACAAGAAACAACAUUGAGCUAAACAAAACAAUUCUUAAUCAAUAACAUUAUAUAAUAUUUCUAAUUUUGUUCUUAAAAAAUGUUUUACAAUUAUUUAUUUUUGUACAUAAAUAUUAAUAAAAUUAUGUGUAGUAUAUAUAUAAUUAGAGAUAUAUUUGAAAUAAUACAACAUUAAACAUCUACAUUAUUAUAAAAAUCUAUAAAUAUUGUGCAUCUUUGCAAUUCUAAUUACAAUAGAGAAAAUAGGAAUAAGUUAUUUUGUGUGAUCUAUUUGAGGAAUGUAUGUGUCUGUAAUUACAUUCAAAAAUUAUUUAAAUUUGUAAAAAAGAUGUUUUCAAAGGUACUUUUCAAACUUUCCUGUAUGUAUGUCUAUAUAUUAUAAAAGUAUAGUUAAAUAUAUUUUAUGAUCUGUACAAUAUGAAAUAUACAUAAAAAGGAAGGCACACUUUAGAAUAAUACCUGUAAGCUCAUUAUUCAUUUUACAUGUUGUCUAUUUCUUCUUCUUCUUUUUUCUUUCUUUUUUUUUUUUUUUUUU